AUGAAGAAGUCGAAGCUCGAGAACAUAAUCCUCCCAGGCAAAGACUGCAGGUCUCGCUGGACCAUCAGCCUGGAUGCGGACACGAUAACAGCCAUAAACCCAGCCGAAACAGCUUCGUCAUCACCAUCAUCGCUUCUCCUCCCUCCUCUCUGCCACCCUCACAUCCAUCUCGACAAAGCAUACAUACUGACCUGCAACAACAACGACAUCCAUCGUACGCAGCCCGGCUCCUGGUCGCCCGACGACGGCGACCGUAGCAGUGGAGUGCCAGACUACGGCGACCUUGCACCACAGUCGGGCUCGUUCAGUGAAGCCCUGACCAAGACAUCCGAGGCCAAACGACGCUACACUCCCGAAGACCUGUACCUCCGCGGUGCGCAGCUGCUGGGCACGUCGUUGACACAGGGCGUCACGGCAUGUCGGGCCUUUGUGGAACUGGACCACGUCACGCAAACACUGUGUCUCGAGGCAGCCAUCUCUCUCCAGGCGUCGUUCGCGGGCAAAGUGGCCGUGCAGAUCUGCGCGUUUGCGCAAGACCCGAUAUUCAGCACUGACCACGGGGACGAGAAUCGACGGAUCCUGGACGCCGCGCUGGACCGUGAUCGACAGCAGCAGCAGGAGCAGCAGCAGCAGCAGGGUCACCGACGACGAAUCGGCGCGCUCGGAACGACGCCGUACGUCGAAACCUCACGCGACGCGUCCAUGCGGAACAUCGAAUGGGCGAUCGAGACGUCGCUCGAACACGAGCUGAAUCUAGACUUUCACCUCGAUUACAAUCUGAACCCGGACCGGCCUGCCAUGGUGUGGGACGUGAUCCGGCUGCUGAAGGAAGCGAGAUGGACGGAACGCGCGCGUCCAGACAAGACGAUCGUGCUGGGCCACUGCACGCGGCUCACGCUCUUCAGGCGAGACGAGAUGGCGAGACUUGCGGGAGAAAUCAGGGACUCGAGAUUGCCGGUCCAUUUCGUGGGACUGCCCACCAGCGAUUUGUUCAUGAUGGGGAGACCCCCCGACAACAACGGCGGCGACGGCGACGACGACGACGACGACGAGGCCACGGCGAUCAGACCGCGCGGGACGAUGCAGGUACUCGACAUGAUCAAGGGCGGGAUCAACGCCUGUCUGUCGGUGAACAACGUCGGGAAUGCGUUCACGCCGUGGGGCACCGGUGAUCCGAUCUCCCUGGCGUCACUGGGCGUGGGGAUAUACCAGGCCGGCACGGAAGACGAUGCGACGCGGUUGUACGAGUGUGUGAGCACGAGGGCACGGAGGGCAAUAGGGCUGACCGGCGUGGGUGGCAGUCGAGGGGACGGGUCUGGCUCAGAGGAACCAGGGCUACCGAUCGAGGAAGGACGCAAAGGCGAUCUACUGCUCAUACGGAACGAGGAGUGGGUUGGGUGUCCGGGACAUCUGUCGAUGAAGAUCCCUGCCAGACAGCGCGUGAGCGUGCGAGACGUGGUGUGGGAUCCGCCGGAUGUGAAGCUACGGAGGAUAAUCAUUCCGUUUCGCAUCGGCGUUCAGCCAUAA